AUGUCUGACUUCAGCAUGUACCACCAGCUGGGCCAGGGCGAGCAAGACCCUUCGAACCCCAAUCAAUCGACACAGCCCGCACCUCCCCAGUUCUCCCCUCCCAUCGCGGGGCAGCGGUACCAGCAGGGAGCUCCAUACGGCGCCCCUGCUCCUCCCGGACAACAAUACUAUGGCGGCCAGCCUGGCUCCGUGCCGCCUCAGGGACAGCCGUAUGGCGCUCCCCCGGGCCAAGAGUAUGCGCAGAGUCCUGGAUUCCAGUCUCAGGAAAACUUGGCGGCGCAAAUGGGGGGUAUGUCACUCGGGGAUGGCCAUGGCACCGCGAGGAGGAAGAAGAAGGACCGCCACGCAUAUCACCAGGUCGAGGCGACAGGCUCGUCGCAACCCUUCAACGGAAUUCCCGCUGCCGGCACGAAUGCCACCGCCUUCCUCAACGACCCCUUGCAAGCCCAGUACGCACAGAUGAACCAGUUUCCCGUAGCUGCUGGCCAAACCUUCACCCCCGGCAAUCCCGCUUCCCCGGCCGAGUUUGCGACCCGAAAUGGCGCUGAUGCUAGUGGUGGACCGCCGGCAGUAGUUCAGACUUCCGGCCACCAGAAACUGUCCCUCGACGACCUGCCUAGUGUGCCAGUCUCCCGUGACUCUCUUCAACAACAUUACUUCUCCAACGUUUACCCUACCUUUGAGAAACACCUGCCACCUCCCUCGACGGUCUCUUACGUUGCAUACGACCAGGGCAACGCUUCGCCCAAGUUCGCGCGCUUAACAUUGAACAGUAUUCCGUCCAAUGCCGAGGGUCUGGCACUUACUGGUCUCCCAAUGGGUCUUCUCCUCCAGCCAAUGGCACCUCUUCAACCCGGCGAGCUUGAGAUCCCAGUCCUCGAUUUCGGCGAUUCUGGCCCUCCAAGAUGCCGCCGUUGCAGAGCUUACGUUAACCCCUUCAUGAUGUUCCGGUCCGGCGGCAACAAGUUUGUUUGCAACCUGUGCACUUACCCCAAUGACACCCAGUCCGAAUACUUCUCCGCACUCACUCCCCAAGGUGUCAGGGUGGAUCGCGAUCAGCGGCCAGAGCUUACCAGGGGCACUGUGGAGUUUGUAGUGCCUAAGGAGUACUGGACGAAGGAGCCCACUGGCCUGCGCUGGCUGUUCGUCAUUGAUGUCACCCAGGAGUCUUUCAACAAGGGAUUUAUCGAGUCCUUCUGCGAGGGCAUUGUUGCCGCCUUGUACGGUGGCGAGGACGCAGAAAGGGACGAAGAUGGCGAGCCGAAGAAGAGUAUUCCCCCUGGUGCCAAGGUCGGAUUCAUGACUUAUGACAAGGAUAUCCACUUCUACAACGUCAAUCCCGCCCUAGAUCAAGCCCAGAUGAUGAUCAUGCCGGAUCUUGAGGACCCAUUCGUGCCCCUGAGUGACGGUCUCUUUGUUGACCCUUAUGAAUCCAAGGAUGUCAUCACAUCUCUACUUACCAUGCUACCCACUAUGUUCUCGGACAUCAAGAACCCCGAACCUGCUCUGCUGGCGACUCUCAACUCUGCCGUAGCCGCGUUAGAAAAGACUGGAGGCAAGAUCGUCUGCUCUCUGGCCGCUCUGCCUACCUGGGGACCUGGCCGUCUUUUCCUUCGCGACGAUGGAAAACACCCGGGUGGAGAAAUCGACAAGAAGCUCUUCUCUACCGAGCACCCGGCAUGGAAGAAGGUGGCAGAGAAGAUGGUAGCUACUGGCAUCGGCGCUGACUUCUUCCUCGCCUCGCCUUCUGGAGGCUACCUCGAUAUUGCCACUGUCGGCCAUGUUGCAGCCUCUACCGGUGGAGAGACGUUCUAUUACCCCAACUUCAUCGGAGCUCGCGACAACACGAAGCUGUCCAUGGAAAUCAAGCAUGCGGUCACGCGCGAGACUGGUUUCCAGGCUUUGAUGAAGGUCCGUUGCUCGAAUGGCUUGCAGAUCAACGGCUACCACGGCAACUUCAUCCACCACACCUUUGGUGCCGACCUGGAAAUUGGCGUUAUUGAUGCUGACAAGGCCAUGGGCGUCACAUUCUCUUACGACGGCAAGCUGGAUUCGAAGCUGGACGCCCACUUCCAGUCGGCGCUGUUGUACACUACCGCUUCUGGCCAGCGGAGAGUGCGAUGCUCAAACAUUAUUGCAAGUGUUUGCGACAACCCAAGGGACAGUGUUAAGUUCAUUGACCAAGAUGCUGUUUUUACCAUUUUGGCAAAGGAGGCGAGCACAAAACUGGCCGGCACAUCUGCGACGCUAAAGGAUGUGCGCAAUCAUCUGACGGAGCGUACAAUCGAUAUUCUCUCGGCGUACCGCAAGAACUUCUUGACUUCGGCGCAACCGGACGGCCAGCUGGUCAUGCCGGAAAGGCUCAAGGAGUUCUCAAUGUAUAUGCUUGGUCUGCUCAAGUGCCGCGCUUUCAAGGGGGGUAACGAGAGCUCCGACCGCAGAGUCCACGAGAUGAGGAUGAUCCGGUCCAUGGGUGCCAAAGAACUGAGCUUAUACCUGUAUCCGCGCAUGAUUCCCAUCCACAACCUCGCCCCGGAGGAGGGCUUCCCCGACGAAUCUGGGCAUCUCAAGGUGCCACCGGCGAUCCGCACAUCCUUCUCCCGCGUCGAACCAGGCGGUGUCUACCUCGUCGACAACGGCCAGCAGUGCCUCCUGUGGCUUCAUUCCCAGACCUCACCGAACCUCAUUGCCGAUCUAUUCGGCGAAGACAAGACGACCCUUCAGAGCCUCGACGCAUACACCUCGUCACUGCCCAUGCUUCAGACACAUCUGAACGCUCAAGUACGGAAUAUCGUCGAGUUCCUCAAGACGAUGCGGGGAUCUAAAGGCCUGGGUAUCCAGCUGGCGAGGCAAGGCAUCGACGGCGCCGAAUACGAGUUCGCGCGCAUGCUCGUCGAAGACAGGAACAACGAGGCACAGAGCUACGUCGAUUGGCUCGUACACCUCCACAGGAGCGUCCAGCUUGAGCUUUCCGGCCAAAGAAAGAGAGACGACCCGCUGACAGACGCCAACGCACUAGCGGGCUUUGCCGGCCUGCGACCCAAUUACUGGUAA